AUGGCGAUCAUAGAACGACUUCGAGCCUUCCGCAGUUCGCUCGUCUUCAUCACCUUGGUCAUCUCCUUCUCCGUAUACACAGAUCAGUUCCUGUACGCCGCCAUCGUCCCCGUCACGCCCUUCGCCCUCAAGGAGCAUGGAAACAUCUCUGAGCACCACACCCAGUUUUGGACCGCAAUACUGCUGGCAGUCUUUGGCAUCGGCUGCUUCUUGAGUUCGCCACCUUGGGCCUGGUACACCGACCACAGCAGAAAUCGGCAGAUCCCGUUCAUCAUCGGCCUGCUCAUACUCUUGGGCGCCACCGUCAUGCUCUGGCUCGCACCGACAAUACACGUUCAAGUCGCCGGUCGCCUUCUGCAAGGCGUCGCCAGUACCGUGGUGUGGACCACAGGUCUCGCCGUUCUCGUGGAUACAGUGGGACAGGAACAAGUUGGAGAAUACGCCGGGUACAUUAAUAUUGCACUCAACAUGGGAAGUCUUACUGCUCCGCUACUGGGCGGCAUCAUGUUUGAACGUCGCGGCUAUAAUGCAGUCUUUGCACUCAUCCUUGGUGUCAUCGGCUUGGACAUCGUCUUUAGACUUAUCAUGAAAGAGAGAAGCUCUUCUACCGCCAGCAAUCACCGACCUAUCGAUCUCGAGAAUCGCCGCAAGGGCCAAGCAAGUACCGUGGUCGAUACCCAGGAAAUCGCCGAAGACACCCUAUCAACGGCAUCCACCAUCGUCUCAUCAAGCGUAAACCCAAAGAUACCAGCCAUGAUCCGCCUCCUUUUCUCCGUCCGCUUCAUCGUCGCACUCUGGGGCAUUCUAGUACUCGCCGCAGUCUUCUCAGGAUUCGAGACCGUACUUCCACUUCACGUCAAUAAAAUCUUUGGCUGGGAUUCUGAAGGUAGUGGUCUGAUUUUUCUACCGCUCUCGCUGCCAGCGCUGCUUGGGCCCUCGAUCGGCAAGAUCACAGACAAAUAUGGAGGCCGCUGGUUCGUGGCUGGCGCCUUUGUGGCCCUAUGCCCUUCCCUCGUUCUUAUGCGACUGGUGAAGGACAACACACUCUCCCAGAAGGCCCUGCUAGUCAUCCUCCUGGUCGUCGUCGGACUCUGCCUCACAAUCAUCCUAGAACCGCUCUUCGCCGAGACGGCCCUCCGCUCAGACCAAUUGCGCAAGCAAGAAAGAGAUGCCGGCAUUGCGCGCACCGGAUGCAGUCGAGGAUACUAUGGGCAAGCAUACGGCUACUUCAACAUGGCAUGGUCCCUCGGUAAUACCGUGGGACCAUUGCUGUCUGGAUUAGUGAUAGAUGCUGCCGGCUGGGAAAUGGCUGUGUUGAGCUUGGGCUUGCUGUGUGGCGUCAGUGCUGUGCCAAUUGUGUUGUGGACUGGAGGAUACAUCUUCUCCAAACGAGGAUAA